AUGGGCUCAAUUGCUAUCAACACGACGGUUGAUCCGACGACAUUAUUUUCGAAACGGGUGCAACAGUAUGAGCCUGGAGCGAUUCGCAGUCUUUUGCCUCUUGAGGCAUUGCCGGGAAUGAUUUCCUUGGUCGCUGGAAAGCCCAAUCCAGAGACUUUUCCGUUUGCUGAGAUCUCGAUAUUGCUCAAGGGCUCUGAUGGGCACCGAAUCGUGCUUGAAGAAGACCAAUUGAGUGAGGCGUUACAAUAUGGCCUUCCUGGAGGCAACCCUGAGUUAAUCAUGUGGUUUGAGGAGCUUCAGCGGCGAGUUCACGGUAUCAGAGACCACCAAGGCUGGGCAUGCUGCAUUGGCAAUGGCAGCCAGGAGCUCAUUCAUCGCGCUUUCCAGGUCUUCACGGAUUUUGGAGAUCCUGUACUCAUUGAAACGUAUAUCUGCACUAUUCUCCCGCCAUCGUUCCCGAUCAUGGCUGAUUACUUCACAGGCCAGCGUAUCCGAGUAGCUGGCUUCUUACGAGCCGAUGGACACCAACUUAGUGAGGUUCAGUCGGACGCAAAGGGGCUCAAUCCAGUUGACCUCGAACGUGUCCUGUCUGCGUGGCCUGGGAAACGCCGUCCACGCGUGCUAUAUACCGUUCCAACUGGGUCAAACCCUACGGGCCAGUCUUGCUCUGAGAUUCGCAAGGCUCAGAUUCUACGACUCGCGAAACAAUUCAACUUCAUGAUUUUUGAAGACGACGCAUACGGGUUCCUCAAUUUCGACCAGCCCUCGUAUAGAGCCCGCAGCUAUCUCGCCUUGGAAAAUGAAAUCAAUGGUGAAACAGGCCGCGUGCUACGAUUCGAUUCGCUUAGCAAGAUUGUAAGCUCCGGGAUGCGUCUGGGAAUCUUAACUGGGCCUUUGCCUGCCGUGCAGAAAGUCAUUCGAAUUACGGAAAAUAUCAACCUCCAGCCCUCCUCAACCACCCAAAUGCUCGCUCUAACUCUCUUCAACCAUUGGGGUCACGCAGGAUUCCUCCAGCACUGCGAGCGCGCAGCAAACUUCUACCGCCAGCGGCGCAAUGUGUUCGCAGCCGCUGCCGAAAAAUAUCUCCACGGCCGUGCUACCUGGGAGACUCCUUCCGCCGGAAUGUUUUUCUGGUUAACGUUGUUGCUUCCCCCGGGACAGGAUAGUUUCGAAAUUCUUAGCCGGCAGGGUAAAGAGAAUGGAAUUCUAGCUAUUCCAGGGGUGGCCUUUCUGCCCAAUCAGCGUAGCAGCUGUCAAUUGAGGGUGAGUUAUAGUUUAUUGCCGGAGGAGAAGAUGUUCGAGGCUUGUCAGCGAAUUGCCAAGUUGGUGGAUAAUGCGUGGCGAUUUGAGAUACUGAUGUGA